CGUUUAACUAAACUAUUAAUUUGUAUGGCUCGAACCUUGGCGAUGGUAAUUGAGGACAGGUUAAAAACUCUCAAGCCAUUAUUGUUCACCUGUUCAACACAAACGAGCAGCAAUUCAUUUAAUCCUCGACGACCAAACGAUUUUCUCCGGCAGCGAAAUUGAAAAUAUCGACAGAUCAAGAAAUCAUGUCUAUAUAUUUUUUAUCUGCUUCUAUAGAAAUUUCCCACCCUAAUUAAAAUAAACAUUAGAGAAAAUCAAUUUGAGUAUUUUAUGCGUCUGAAUAAACCACAAAAACGUAAACAUCGAUUAAAUUUUCUUCUACGCUUCAUCUGAUUCGCUACUCAAAAGUGUCGUUUGACUGACCGAUGAAAAAACACUUUCGUACGAAAACGAGGAUAGGGCAAUUCGUUCGAACGAACGAUGUUCGAAUGUUCGAACGGAUAGAUUUCUUUCGUACGAAACCAAGGAUACGAAUGAGGCAUUCUUUCGAACGUUUUGUGUUCGUUCGAAAACAAGAAUAAGGGUGUUUAUUUUUUUGGUUCGUUAAGUUAGUGUAUAGAAUAAUAUUAGGUGAUUAAUAGCAGUAAUAGACGAUAAUAUCUACUGUUUGCGCCACGCGGAGCGAGCGCAUACGUGUUGCGACAUGACCUGUCAUUCCAUUGCAUCACCCAGAGACGUGCGAAAGUGAGAUGAAAGCAGUAUCAACACAACAAACUAAUAUCACCCGAGCUAACCGAGCGAAGCCGACAGGACAAACACCCCACCAAUUUCAGGGAGUAUAAAAGUAGCAGAGCAGCAUAUGAUCCAUCUUUAUAAGUUUUUAUUCACCACGUGUAUUUAGAAACCAUUAGAGAAAGUUAUAGUGAAAAUUUGGACUUUGAAAACUAGUGUCGUUUUUUCCUACAGUAAAUUUAGUCAGACCCUUUCCAACCGGAGUACUAUAAGGAUUGAGAAAUGUGUACUGUGAAGAUGGCAUCCUCUUAUAAAAUUAAUUUAGAGAUGUGUUUAGAAGCGGUUAACAGUUUAAUUUCAACCAAGUGCCUAGAAUAUGAUUUCAAGUUAAAUUUUAAGAACAUGCAAGUAAUUUUGGAGCGUAUGGGAUUAGAUAAAACGAACUAUCCUAGUAUGAAGGUAAUCAAAAGCCUUCUAAUGAAACAUCGAAAAUCCGUAAAACGGUUUGCUCCUGAGAUUACUUUGCAGAAUUGUUGGGAUGCAGCGAAUGAUUUGAUCGCUAGAGAAGAGUUGGAUGAGCUAUUCGAAUUGAAUUCUAAGAAUCUGAAAGAAAUUCUUGUAGAAAUGGGAUUAAACGAAAAAUGCGCACCUAACUUAAAAAAAGUUAGGAAUAACUUCGCUUGUAAUCCAACAUAUAAGAAGUAUCGUGCAGAACGAAAGGUGAGAACCCUUAUAAUUGUUAUAAGCUUCCUGAAAUUAAUAAAACUAUUUUGAAAUUUUCAAUGUGAAAUCAUUUCCGCAGAAUAUUGAACAUUCAAUUGCCGCUGAAAGUCAUAACGUAAGUGUAAAAUAUCAAAUUGCUUUGAAAUAGUCACGCCAUACAGUAACUUCAAAUUUUUAUAGAUCGAUAAUUUCAAAGAAUGUUCUUUUGAGAAUGAAAGUGCCUGCUUGCCACAAGACUGCGUUGGAGUUCAUGAACAGCUUUUAUUAAAUAAAACAGAUCAUAUGUCCGAAACAAACUCAUCUCCUUCACGUGUCGAAACAAGAACAUUAUCAUUUGUAUCAUUUGACACAAACGAUUUCGAGGAAUUGGCCGACUCUCAAAGUACUACUUUUGACGGCGUUGAUAAUACGGGAAAAGAUAACGAACAACCUCCAUUCGGAUUUUUAUUGAAAGGAACAGAUUUAUCGCGUGUCGAAAUAAAAUCAUUAUCCGUCGAGUUUCCUGCAAAAGUAUGUAAGAAAGGAAUGGAACUUAAUGCUCCAGAAAUUGAAUGUCGCAUUUUUGAAACAUCAGUAAGUCAAAUGCAAGAGAGAUCAACGAACGACAUGCAAGACUCGAUUGUUUCAUUUGAUACCAAUGAUCUUGAAGGAUCGACCAAAUCACAAGAUACUACUUAUAGCAGUGAUGUAGAUGUAACUGAACUUGUGUUCAAUACAACGGACUUUGAAAACCUACGAAAAGAGAUAAAAGAAAAAGGCAACAGUAACAGGAUCAAAUACAAUGUCAAGGUUGCGGAAUGUGGGGCAACUGCCACAAAAAGACUUUAUAGUGGUGCUUCAAUUUACGAGUGUUCUUUUUACAUCAACAAGAAGAACAUUGAAAUGUGUAAACAUUAUGAUCAACAUAAUAUAAUGCAAAGCAAAACCAAGGUUGGCGAUGCUAAAUAUAAGCAACAAAAGCAUAGAAGGCCUUUUAUAGUGGCCUUAGAAGAUUUGUUAAAAAUCAAAUAUGAAGAAUUCAAUAUCUAUUGUAUAAUCAAUAUAAAUUCUCAUAAUUGCAACAAAUCUGGCUGGCUAUUUUAUGGUGUCUGCGCUCACAAGACCUGCAGAUCUUAUCGUUUCAAAAUUGUUUCUGUUACGGAUGGUGAUAACAUAUAUAAAGUCGAUGUCUAUGUUAAUGUCGCUAUGACCCUGAUACACGGGGAAAACCUGAAAGCGGCAUAUUGCAAAGGAGUAAAAAGAAACAUAAAUAUGAAAAAACUGCAGCUCCAAAAACCACUUGAAUUACGAACUAAGUUGAUCAACGAAAAGAAAAAAAGGGAACCAUUCGAGAAGGUAGACAUUGUCAGCAAAAAUGUAUUGAAAAAAAUUAGCAGUGAAGCUAAAUCGAAGCUUAACAGGGAUAUUGAUGAUUUUCAAGAUUUGAUAAAAAUGUCUGAGGAUAACGGAUCUUAUAUCAAAAAUGUGUUUAGAAAGCCCUUUGGUGUAAUUUGUUUUAAUACAAAAAUGUUCAAAGAGCUGAGAAAAAACAAGACUUACAGUCCUAUUUUCUACAUGGAUGGUACUGGAUCGGUUGUACGAUAUUCAAAAGCUGAGAAGCGUGUUCAAAUAUAUGUUUUGGUCGCAUACAAUUACCGGUCAAAUUUUAGUGUACCCGUAACAACCUUUGUGACUGAAAGCCAAAAAACAGUAGACUUCCACAAUUGGUUGAAUAUAUUUCGUGCUUCGUACGAGUCAGGCAGCUCUAUGAAUAAAUUGAAUAAAAUAGCGAGAAUUGUUAGUGUUGAUUGGAGCUGGUCACUGAUUGGUGGAUUGAUACGGGCUCUUAAUAAUCAACACCAUACACUACCAGAGUAUAUCCGAGAUUGUUAUAAAGUUUGCAUAAGAGAACUCAAUCUCAAUUUCACUAUCAUUCAUUUAUGCUACAGUCAUUUCAUGAAUGUAGUUUCUAAGGACUUGAAAUCUGCUCCAAUCAACAUAAAACAUAAGUUCAUGGACUGUAUGCGAUUGGCUGUACGUGCUACAAACUUAGUGGACUUAAUCGAUCUGUUUAUCAUUAUGACAUGCAUUUUUGGAUCUGCAAAUGAGAACCGAAUGCUUGAGACAUCACUAAAAGAACUAGAUGCAAAAAUUAAUGAUAGAACAAGCUUCGAUUCAGAAAGCGCUGGUAAAUUUGAUUAUACUGGCAUCGGUGAACCAGAAAUUCUAAAAAAAGAUGAGGACAAAAUCUUCUUGGGAUCGCCUUUUUAUGCGUUGUUAAAAGAAACAUUUGAAACAACAUUAAAACAAAUAGAUGAUCUCAGCCAAGGAUCACAGAACCCACUGUAUUUCAAAGGAUUCUUGGAAGAUGUCGCCUUGAAAAAAUACAUGCCUGUGGUUUGUUUGUGGUCAAAUAUAAUAGUAUCUCAAAUUGACUCGAAUCCGGAUACUAUUUCAAACGCAAGGGUUGAAAGCUUCUUCCGAACAUUGAAACACAAUGUUAUGAAAGGUCAGCUCUACGAAAGAAUAACACAUUUUCUUCGAAAACUACAAUCGUAUAUUGAAUCUCUGUUCCACUUUUCCGACUUUGACAUUGAAGAUAUAUACGCUACUGAUAAAGGAAUAAGUAAUGCUAAAAAACGUCAAGAUGAUAGAAUCGCAGAAUAUGACAGAUUUGUCGGAAACGUAGAAGACAUAGAGGACGAAUGGCAUAGUCCAUACUUUCAAAAAGAUGCUUCAACCCACUUGUUCAAGAAGAAAAAGAAGCAGGAAACUAACAGCUUAAACACACAACUUGAACAAUCAACACAGAAGCACCCAGAUUCAAAGGAAAACAGUGAUAACAACAGAAAAAGAUCAUUAGAAGAAGAUUUAGAAACUACCUGUAAUCUGUCCUCUAUUCAUCAAUUCAUUGACAAAGGAUUUGAAUUUCCAGUUACCACCAAAUGGUAUUUCGGUGAGUUUCCUUCAGAAUAUGAGAGCAUAGGAGUAAGUAGUAUGAUUGUAAGCUCAGAAAUGCUUCAAACGCUCGAUGCACAUACAUAUAUGGAUGGAGAAACCUUAGAUGCGAUAAUUGCAGUGGCCAUAAAAGAAUGUGAGGUCGAAAGCGUAAAAUUGGUAUCAACUUACAUGUCGAGAAACUUGUUUGAUACAACUCAACUAAAAGAAGUAUUGGAUAGGAAACGAGAUUAUGUUUUACCAGUUCUAACCAAUACAUCGGGAGUAUGGGUGGUUCCUUUGAAUGUUAGAGCUGGGCAAGCACCCACCAAGCAAGUUGGAAGAGGGAACCAUUGGGUUCUCUUCAUUGCUGAUUUUAUGAAUAGAGAAACUUUUUAUUUAGAUCCUCUCGAAACAGCAUCCCCAUAUUUGAAGGACGUACAAGAAGAAUUUUUGAAGGCAGUAAGCUCUAUUCGGAGACUUAAAAAUCAACCAUUUGAUUCAACCAAUUGGCAAAGCGGCUCGAAAAAUAUUGCGCACGACAAGCAAAACGACGACUACAACUGUGGUGUAUAUGUAGCUAAAUAUGCACAAAACUUUCUUUUGAAGAAACCGUUGACCGGGCUAGGAAACAUGGAUUCUGAGAGGAAACAAAUCAAAAUAAAACUCCUAAAUACAGCAGUAAUAAAAAUUUGUUUAUACUGCAGCAGCUUGAAAUCACUAAUUUUGUCAUGUCAAUCAUGUGGACGGAGGUGUUGCAGUAGAUGCGCCCCAAAUAUGGUGCUAAAAAUUCCAUCUACAAAACAAUGUGAAAUAUGUUCGAAAAUUAAAAUGAUAUAAUUUUUAAGUCUCAUCAAUAAAUUUUUAUAUUACCUUUUAACUUGAAGUAUUUUUAUUUGUCCAGUUUGAGUCCUUUCAGAAACGAGAUAGAAUCCUGUCGUCUAAGUCAAAAAUGAAAAAAUUGUCAUUCCAUCGGCUACAAAAAAUAGUUGCCAUAAACCUCAACCAUUCGCGUGGAUUUUUUUUUAAAUUUUAAAUGGUUCCUAUGAUCAGAUAGGUCAAUUCCAACACUCCACCAUCUCAAAAUAUUUUCGGAGGAUAGUAUGCUUCUAAUUCAAAUGAUAAAAUUGA